CUUGUAAAGAGAAGAUCGAGUAUUGCGAAGCAACGAUGAUUGAUCGAUUGGGACAUAGAGACCGGUACAUCGCUCUAGCUGGCUAGCUACUAGUAGUACCGUAUUGAGAAGACGGUCUAUCCCAUUCGAAACAGAAGGGAAUGCACGAACCGCUUGGACGGUCGUUCAUCACUAUUGCAUUGCAUGCACUAGCUAGCAAGCCAGAUCAUACUAGUCAAUACUGGUAGUUAGAGGGGAGAUCUGUUCCAUCUGUCAAGAUGUACGAUGAGGAUGAUUCCGAAAAUGGCGGCAACAAGUUGCGAAAGAAGGUGGGCGGUGGCGUCCGAAAGGUUGCCCGCAACACGAGGAGAAUGUCCUUGAUGGCAGCUGAAAAUAUCCAGAAAAACACAAAGAAAGUCCAGGCAGCCGUAGGUGUCAAAGAGGGCAAGAAGAAGAAGAAAAAGAAAAAGAAGAAGGAAAAGAAGAAGAAGGAGAAACGAGGACGAUCCGAGAGUCCCCGACGGGGCAACAAUUCGUCCUCCAAGCCACCUGUCACUAAAGUACUCUCUCUCUUUAGUCCCAAGCGAUGGAGGUCCGCCAGUCCAGGCAUGGGCCGAAAGAAGAAGAAUCGAGGAAGCGACGUGGAAGAUUCCGAUAUGGAAGCUCCCCAACAAACCUUCUCACCCAUGGAUCCGGCUGUUGGCCCUCCCGAUCCGGCCAUGCCAUACACACCCGCCAAUGGGUCCAUGAUGAUGGGGAUGAACGGUGCGGACCCUGCAGCAGCAGGGUAUGGUCAUGGAGGAGGUCAUCAUCAAACCAUGAAUGCCUAUUCCAAUCACAAUCAUCAUCAUCAUCAUCAAGCAGAUGCCAUUGGGGUGUCGGUUCGCAGUAUGACCAGUGAAGAGAAGUAUCAAAGGAGUCAAGAACAACAAAAGAUUGAACGAGCCAACCUGGUUCCAUUUAUUUCACAGCUGCUGCAGACAAAUCAUUUCCAUCACUAUUGUGAUAUCGCCUUUCACUUGGUCGAUUCGAAUAAGGAUGAAACGGUCGAUGAGACCGAACUCUAUGCCGGGCUACUUUUGAUUCAUCUCAAAUUGGGAAGCUGGUUGGGUCCUGCGGCUUGCAAGCCUUUGAGUCGAGAUCGGUGCAGUGCCAUGUUUCACAAGUUCGACACCACUGGUAGUGGAGGCUUGGACCAAGAUGAAUUCAGAAGAGUCAUGAUUGUGCUAUUUGGAAAUGUAUUUGCUCGGGUGGUCGUGCAAUACACCCUCACAAUUCUCGUUGUCCCUCUGAUAGCCAAAACGGUGGUGGAGUUCCUAACUUGGGAUAUGCAAGGAUGGUGGGACUAUUGGACCAAACCCAAGAGGCUCCGGAAAAUGGGUGAAGAAUUCACACUGGAUGACUUUGUCGACUGGAAUGCCGCAUCAUUCCCCAGUACUCGGAGGACAUUUUUCACAAAAAUGUAUCGAGUCAUCCGGAUUGGAUCAGACGCGUUCUGGGAAACGUUUCCAUUGACAUUUGUGACAGUGAUACUGGGACUGGUCAUUGCUCCACUAGUGCUGCACUACUGUGAUGAUUUUUUCCAGGUGGCAGUGGAUUGGAAGGCAAAUCGCAACAAACCAACCGGCAAAAAGCGUUAAGGUGAACGAUUGAUUGAUUGAUUGAUCGAUCGAUCGACCUACUUCGCUGUGAUGAAUGUCCAAAAAUGAAGCCAAGUUGCAAUGAAAUGAAUGAAAUCCUAAUAGUUUGCUUCGUGUGCCAAGAAAGAUGUGACGGAUGUAACAAGAAAUUGGGCACAGGGUUCUGUGAGGAAAAGCUCAGGGGACAACAAAUAAAUGAUCUUAGAUAGGUGUGCUGGAACGAUCUAGCGAGGGGUUCUGCUGCCUUGUUUGUACGUGUGUAGAAGUCGCUGCGCCUUCACUGGAGUCCAAAAUGGGAUGUGACUGGCAUGGCUAAGAAGUGGCCGACUAAAUAAAUCUACAUAGUAUGUGGUGUAAAUGUGUGUGUGUGUCCUCUUCAUGUAUUGACUCGCAGGUUAGUCCGCAACCAAACAGUUUCAGAGCUACUCUAGGACGAUGAGGAUGCUUCGCAAUCGUCAUUGCACCAGCCAUGAAGUCACCAGCCGGCUAACCUCCCGUGCUGUUUGUGCCAUAGAGCCAUCUUGGUCGCAUUGUGCCGGGUGCAUUUUGUGCAUGGGUUUUAACUUCUCUAAUUAGUUGUUCGUUCUACAUACCGGUUGGUCUGCCCUGUCUAUGUUGCGAAUCUGCAAGUGGCAGGGCAUCGUCACCGAGACGCAGUAGCUUCUUCGCCACCAAGACACCACCAGUACAAGCUUCUUUGCACUUCAGUGGGCAGUCUGCAACGAAGCUUCUCCAAUACAGAACCCCCUUUGAUGGCUGAAAAUCUGUUCGCAAGAAGAAGACCGAGCCACCAUAUCCCUCGGCUUUACGCACCUCCACAACCAAUCUUUUAAAAUUAGUCAAGUUCCGAGUCCGUCGACGAAUCCUACAGCACGGUACCAACAGUUCUUCCGACCUGC